AUGAUCGAUCUCGCGGAAGUCGAUCCGUUCGUGCAAGCCACAACGAUUGCUUCGGCCUGCUCUUACAUGUUUAGAAAAAAAUUUUUAAAAGAAAACACAGUAGCUCUGAUCCCCUCCAACGGGUACAGACGUAGCGAUACGCACUCGCAGAUCGCUAUCGAAUGGUUGCUUCUUUGCGAGCACGAGCUCGGGCGCGAAAUCAUCCAUGCGGGGCGUUCGCGCGAAUACUGUCUUAUAGAGGGAUAUCGGGUGGAUGGAUAUCUAGGUCCGUCCGAGGACAACCCUAGAGGCAUCGUCUUCGAGUUUCAAGGCUGUUUUUACCAUGCGUGCCUGAAAUGUUAUCCGACCGGCCGCGACAGAGUCAUGUUCGGUAAUCGCACGCUCAACGAAUCUUACGAGCGGACAAAAGUCAAAAUCGAGCGCUUAAAAUCGCUCGGUUACACGGUGCGCUCAAUUUGGGAAUGCGAAUUUGAAAAAAUUAAGCAAAACGUCGCUGGUGUCGCGGAGAUCAUUAACAGGCAUCCCCUUAUUUCCAAAAUAAAGAUAGAUCCGCGCGAUGCUUUUUUCGGCGGUAGAACCGAGAAUUUUGUAACUCAUUACGACGUCAAGCCGGGCGAAAAGAUAAGAUACAUAGACGUUUGCUCUCUCUAUCCGUACGUAUGCAAAUACGGUAAAUACCCCCGUGGGCACCCCACGAUAUACGUGGGCGAAGAAUGUGCGCAAUUAACGGGCGACGACGCGAAUAAUCUGUCGAACGUCGAAGGGCUCGUAAAGUGUAAAAUUCUCCCUCCCCGAGAUUUGUACAUGCCCGUCAUACCGGUCAAAAUGAAUUCGCGCCUCAUGUUUGCGCUCUGCAGAAGCUGCUGCGCCGAGUCGAUAAAGGGCGACUGUCCUCACGAAGACGUAGAAGAUCGCGCAUUUGUAGGUACUUGGGUCGCCGAUGAAUUGCGUAAGGCCAUUCAAAAGGGUUACAAAAUUUUGAACUUGUACGUUGUAUGGCAGUACGAAAUUAUUCAAUACGAUGAAAGUGAAAAUUCAAAGGGCCUUUUUACAGAGUACAUCGAUACGUUUUUAAAAUUUAAACAAGAGGCGAGUGGCUGGCCCGCGUGGUGCGAGAGCGAAAACGACAAAAUUCGAUAUAUUUCCGAGUACAAGGCUGCUGAAAAUAUUUCUCUGGACCCUGAUAAGAUCGAAAAAAAUGCCGCCCUUCGUGCCUUCUCAAAAUUAGCUUUAAAUUCGUUCUGGGGAAAAUUCUCGCAGCGCAGUACGCUUUUCCACACGAGCAUCAUAAAGACUCGCAAAGAUUUGCUCGAGCUAUUAACGAGCCCGGACAAAGAGACGCACGAUAUCGUCUUAGUUUCGGACGAAACGAUAUACGCGCGGUGGAAGUACAUAGAAGAGGCCGAAAACGCGACCUGCUAUACAAAUGUCGUAUUAGCGGCUUAUACCACCGCCCAGGCUCGUUUGAUUCUUUAUCAAUAUUUGGAAAAAUUGGAUAGGCGCGUUCUGUACUGCGAUACGGACUCCGUAAUUUAUACCUCUGCAACGGGCGAAUACGAGCCUCCGCUUGGUACGGCUCUUGGAGCCAUGACCGACGAGCUCGAGUCGUACGGGAAAGAUACGUACAUCAGAUCGUUCGUUUCAGGUGGGCCGAAAUUUUACGCGUACGAGGCCGUUACCCCGCACACGGGCGAACUUCAUCGAUGUUGCAAAAUUAAAGGAAUCAGUCUCAAUCAUGAAAAUUCCAAAAAAAUUAAUUACGACAGCGUUAAACGAAUGAUUUUGAGGAUGUACGACGACGGGGAUGAUUGCGCCGACAACAGCAUUACCGUGAAUUUUAGAGCUAUAAGACGGACAAAGACUCACGAUGUUGUAUCCGGAGACGAGAGCAAGCGAUGCUGCCCCGUUCUGAAAAAGCGACGAUUCAUCGGUAGCGAGUUUUCGCUACCCUUUGGCUUUGUACGAUAA